AUGAACAUGAACGGACUUCAAGCAUUUAACCAGGAUUUGAGGAAAUGUGAAGGUUUGUCUUGUGAGAAUUUUGAGACAUCAUUAUUUUAUCAUUUUGCAAUCCGCGCAAAAUCUACACAUCGUUGUUGUUUUUAGAAUUUGCCAAUUCAAAUCCGGUGGAAGGUUUUAAUGAUGGAACAUUACAAAUGACUUUCACAGAACUUCGGCAGGUUGGUAUAGGUGUGGACAUAGUCAUAGAAAUCCUUGUCAUGUUGUUGUGUCAUAUUGAGAUGAGUCCAAUUAUAGAUGUGUUGUAGUUUUGUUAUAUUUUGCAAUGCUGCUGUGUCGUAUGUUGUGAUUUGGUGUGAGAUAUGGUUUGGUAUGGUAUGGUAUGGUAUGGUAUGGUAUGGUAUGGUAUGGUAUUGAAUAGUAUGGUAUGGUUUUGAAUGCCAUGGUUUCGAGCGGUAUGGUAUGGUAUUGAGUGGCAUGGUACGAUUUUGAGUGGUAUGUUAUGGUAUUGAGUGGUAUGGUAUGGCUUGGUAUGGUAUCAAAAUAUGGUAUGGUACGGUAUAGUAUAAGUGUCGCUUUGUUUGUUUGCAACACAUUUGAUGAUGUUUAAUUUGUACAUUGUUUACUUGUACAAGUUAUUUGUAUUGGAUUUAUAUAUUCGAUCAACUCUUGCACUUUUUUUUCUCAUGGUGUAGUUGGUGGAUCUUCUCAUGUCAGGUGACUGGUCAACCUACAUGGCUGAUCAUGGGAAACCUCAUAGUAAAUACUCGCGAGUCAAUCCAUUGGUUGCAGCAAGACUACUCGAAAAGUGAGAUAAGUUUGUUUCAUUUAAUUCCUCAUUUAUUAACAGCCUUAAUGUCUAUAGGAUGCAAGUGAUAAAGCUUAGGGAUCGGUCAUUAUUUAUAGCGGGGGGUGGCACCGAAGAGAGAAGGGUUCGGUAAACAAAAUAUUGAGUGAGUAAAAGGUUGGGUAACUGAAAAACCAAAUAACUCAAGGAUUGGAUAAUAAAGAUUUAUUGUCAUUUCCAAAGUAUGACUCACUCAAAUAUUGAAGACUAAAAAGCAAUGUCAACAGUCAUAUGUCAAAACAAUAUGUAAAUCAAUCAGGGUCACUAGCUUGAUCAUUUCCCAAUUUGUCAGGAGGCAAAUGGUGUCUCCAAAGAAAGUACAUGUGCAGACAACAUCAAACUUUAGACUGCAGAAAAUUGCACAAGCAGUUAUCAAACUCAUGUCGCAGAAGUGGUGAAGGAUGUGUGUGACAACUGAAUCGUAUCCUUUUGUAAAGUUUUUUUUUGCCAGGGGUGGGUAUUUAUUCGGUGCCACCCCCCACCACUUCGGUGCCACCCCCACCAUAAAUAAUGACCGGUCCCUUAACUGUGUAAAUAAAUAUCAAGAUUUUUGGCGUCUUGCUCGAUAGAACAGGAAGGGUUUUUGACACGACAUUUCCAUUUACAAAAACCCUUUAAUUAAAUGGGUAAAUACUGAUUCUUUGCGUGUUUUCGCCAUAGAUUGUAUGCAGAAUCUGACAAAAAGAGGGGAAUUUCUCUUCUUCGCAAAGGGGAUCGGGAACGAAAGAAAUUAUGGGAAACAACAAUCAAGAAGUUACGAAGUUUGGACAGUGAUAAAAAUAUGAACUGA